AGUUUUUCUCCUUCCAGCCUGGAUUUCUUCGCGAGGCGCAGGAGAUGACGUCUUUCCGCUUCCGGCCGCGAGCUAGCUUUAUGGCGCCUGGUUCCUGUGGGAGUUGGGUCCUGCAGAGUGAAGAUUUAAAUUCCAAGGUCAUGGCAAAACAUCUGAAGUUCAUUGCCAGGACUGUGAUGGUACAGGAAGGGAACAUAGAAGGUGCAUACAGGACCCUAAACAGAAUCCUCACCAUGGAUGGGCUCAUCGAGGACAUUAAGCGACGGCGGUACUAUGAAAAGCCUUGUCGCCAACGACGACGGGAAAGCUACGAAACCUGUCGGCGAAUCUACAACAUGGAAAUGGCUCGCAAGAUCAACUUCUUGAUGCGAAAGAAUCGGCUGGAUCCAUGGCAGGGCUGCUGAGGCCUGUGGAUAGUAGGCCCAGUAUGAAAAUCCCUAUCCAGCUGUCUCCUUUCUUUCUCCAAUCCCAUUUUCUCUUACCUUUCUUGUAAUAAAUUCAAUCACGUAUGUGCAAGAAGGCCUGCAUAUAUAGAAGCAAUCCCAUAGUCAGCAGUGGACCCUCUCUUUUAUUAUGUGAAGGAGAAACUAAGUCAAAAAGUAGUCUAGGAGUAGAAUGGUGGUUGCCAAGGGCUGGUUGGGAGUGGGGAUUUAGUGUUUAAUGGGUACGGAAUUUCAGUUGGGGAAGCUGAAAAAGUUCUAGAGACAGAUGGUGGUGAUACUUGCACAACAAUGUGAAUGUACUUAGUGCCACUGAACUGUACACUUGCAUGGUGAAAAUGGCAAAUUCCAUAUAUAUUUAGCUAUAAUAAAAAUUUUUAAGUAGUCUAGGAGAGGUGAGGAACUUUUCUAAAAUGUAGUGGAAUAUAUCUACCAUUUCCUACUCAAUUCUUAUGAAACCCAAAGCAAGACAUUAUUGGAAGAGCAUCUGUUACUCUUUACUGAAUUGUCCCCUCCUACCAACUGUUAGAUAAAAGGACAGGAGAGGAGGCAUCUACGUAUUUGGAAUAAAUUUUGCUACUGAAACACC